AUGUCUCGUCACCACCCCGAUCUGGUUAUGUGCCGCAAGCAACCCGGUAUCUCCAUCGGCCGUCUUUGCGACAAGUGCGACGGCAAAUGCCCCGUCUGCGACUCCUACGUUCGCCCCACAACCCUCGUCCGCAUCUGCGACGAGUGUGCCUUCGGAAACUACCAGAACAAGUGCGUCGUCUGUGGCGGUGAGGGAAUCAGUGACGCCUUUUACUGCUUCGAGUGUACGCGUCUGGAGAAGGACAGAGAUGGGUGCCCGAAGAUUAUCAACUUGGGAAGUUCCAGGACGGAUUUGUUCUACCAGAAGAAAAGUUUUCGGAAUCAUUGA